ACACGUGACCGGAAGUAAGAACGACACUGCUUUGUUUAUGUUACUUGGGGUAGCUACUCGACUAGCAUUCCUCAAAAUGUCAAAAAUAGAGUUGCUGAGAUUGUUUCUCAACGAAAGAUUGACAGCUGCUGCUGAUGAGAUAUUUGGGACAAUUGAAAAGACAAUUGUAGAGUACCAGGAAGAAGUUUCCCGCACGAAAGAGGAGAACAGCCGUCUACGGGGGAUGCUAAGGUUACAAAAAACAGACCCCCAGCCGCUGACUGUCUCUGACGAGGAUCUAACCGCUGAGCAGCAGCACAGUGAGCAGCAGUGGAGCCCAAGUCUGGAACAGGAUGGUCUAGAGGCCACACAGAUUAAAAAGGAGCAGGAGGAACUCCGGACCAGUCGGAGGGAAGAGCAACUUCAAUGGCUAGAGUCUGGUACCAAAGACUUCACAUUCAGUCCUUCCUGUUUGAAAAGUAGCUAUGAUCCAAUUCAGAACCCAACUCAUUCGUCACAUCUUCACCAAGUACAAAGUGAGGAAAGCAGAGAGAACCCAACUCAUUCAUCACAUCUUGACCAAAUACAAAGUGAGACUAACAGUGAGAACCCAAAUCAGUCCUCAUACCUUCACCAAAUAGAAAGUGAGGAAGACGGAGAGAACCCAGCAGCUCAGUCCUCAUAUCUUUACCAAAUACAAAGUCAGGAAAACCGAGAGAAGCCAUGGCAAUGCCGUGUUUGUGACAAAUGUUUCAGCAAUAUUCAUCAUCUGAAAGCGCACGUGAGGAGUCACACAGGGGAGAGACCAUAUAAGUGUCCUAUAUGUAGAAAAUGCUUUAUGACAACAAGCGCAUUGAAUAGGCAUCAGACAAUUCACACUGACGGAAAACCGUUUAGGUGUAAUUAUUGUGGCAAAUCCUUCAAAUGGAUGAACUCCCUUGGAAGGCACAUAAGGAUUACCCACGAGAGGGAGAAUAUAUGACAGCACCUUGUGUGGGGAAAGGGCAACAGCUGUUAUGAAAACGCUACAUGCUGAUGCUUUUUAUAUUCUAUUGCCAUAUAAUAUAAUAUGCCAUAUGCCAUAUGCUAUUGCCAUAUAAUUACACUAUAACAAAAUAGAACACUAUGUUAUUGUUAAUUAUAGGAUAUCUAUGGCUAUUUUGUGUGUGUUGUCUUUUACAUGUUUGUAACCACUUUCCCAGGGACUGCAGAUGGAAAUAUGUCUUGAUCAAUGUGCGUUGUCUUUGUCAAAUAAAUCAAAUAAGGUCAAGAUUUAGAGGCGUAUCUUACACCUGUCUGUGCAUAAAGAUUGUUUGUUCAUAUGGUGUAAUGUCAUGUCACAUCUGUUUUGACCAUUUCCUCCAUUGGUCACAAGAGCCAAAACCUUUUCCAUAUGCCUACAUUACUGUCCCUUUUUUUUUUACCUCAGUGAUCUUUCUAAUGUGCACACCUGAUGGCAAAAAAAUAAAUAAUCAACUCACCAAA